AGGGAGUUCAUCCAUGUUACUGAUCAUGAGGCCUUGAAGUACAUCAAUGGUCAGCACAAGCAGAGUGGACGACAUGCAAAGUGGAUGGCAUACUUACAGGAGUUUACAUUUACGCUAAGGCAUCAAGCAGGGAAUUUGAAUCGAGUAGCAGACACAUUGAGCAGUCGUACAUUACUCCUCACCACCAUGAGCACCAGAAUUGUUGGCUUUGAAGCAUUUCUAAAUAUGUAUGCUUUGUGCUUUCCAGACUGUUCACUAAGGCAGCAAAUCAUUAGUGAACUUCAUAAUGAGGGACAUUUUGGGCGAGAUAAGACAUUGGCGUUGGUCUCUUCUGAUUAUUAUUGGCCCAAAUUGAGUAGUGACAUAGCACAUUAUGUGGAACAGUGUUAUAUAUGUCAGAAGUAA